AAUAUAUGUUGUAAAAAGCUAGAAAAAGCCGUUGGCCAUCCAGCAGUGGUCAAGUUAUUCUGUAGGGCCACCUCAAAAGCUAUGAAGGCCAACCUCAAAGCUAGCCUGAAGCAUUCGCCGGACCAAGUCGUUCUCUAUGUCGACUCCAAUAACCUUAAAUAUAAAAAGUGUUGCAAGAUGCUGAAUCAAUCAUAGACAAAUCGAAAAUUCAUCCGACGCCACCUCCGCUAUAUCGAGGCUUACUUCCACAUGGGAUGAAUUCAAUAGAGCAGUGAAAGAUGCGAAUAAACAUCUAAAGAGCUACUGCCGUCAGAAUGGAAGGAAACUUAUCCAGCAUCUAAAGAUAAUAGAGAACGGCCUAAUCAAGGGAGGACUGCAUCUUAGUUAUAAAGGUAAUCAAAACAUUUUCAACAACUUUAACGCGCUCUCCGCAGAUUUCCUGCGUGCUCAGUGUAUUAAAUCCAACAGUGAAUCCCGUAUACUGAAUGAAAGUGGUAGAGAGGGUCCAACAUAG